AUGGCGCUCUCCGUCCGCCGCCAACCACGGUACAAGUUCGCCGCGCCGGUGCUGUCGCCGAGCUGCCUCCAGAAGCUGUGCGUUCCGUUGGAGUUCGCGGCGCGGCUCGCGGCCGGCGCCGGGGACGUGCAGGAGGUGCACGUGGUGGACCUGCUCGGCAAGCCCCGGCGCGUGGAGCUGUGCAUGCGGCCGCGGCCGGACGGCGAGGUGGCGUGCUGGCUGGGCGCCGGCUGGCCGGAGAUCGUCAGGAAGAACGGCAUCGGCGAAGGGUGGUCCGUGGUGCUGCGGCGCGAGCGGCGCGGGAUGGCCACCCUGACCGCGUACGACCCGGCCUUUUGCGUCGCGCGCCUCUGCACUCCUCCCGCAGGUGUGACGUCCAAGACCAGGCCUCGGUUCAUCAAGUUGCUUCGACCAGAUGACUGGGAGAAGAUGACAAUCCCUGAUGAGUUUGUGCAGCAGCACUUGAUUGGGGCUGAGAGUUGCCCAAGCAGCCAAAAAGCCUUGAUCAUUGGCCCUACCGGCAAGUUAUGGCCAGUCGAGUUAGAUCAACGUCAAUCGGACGUGCUGUAUGGAGAAGUUUGGGUAGAGUUUCUGACGGCGCAUGAUCUCUCCGAAGGGAACAUCCUGCUGUUCCGGUAUGAAGUUAACAUGUCGUUUUCGGUUCAGGUGUUAAUGCCGAAUGGGUGUAUGAAGGAGUACCCUUACCUAGCUGAUGAGGCAGAUGGACCAAGCACUAUGCUCCCACAAAGUCACAAGCAGCUUGUAGCUGCAACUGUCAGCAAGAGAAGCUACAACAAGAGACAAGUGGUUUCUGCGAUUCCUGCAACGUUUCCUGCAAUGAAAGCUAAGAAGGUCCAGUCGCAGAGCAAACCUGCCGGUGUUGUGGGAAGGCACUCAUUCACGAAGCAGAUCACCAGCUAUUCACUUAAAAGCUUCUUUGCUGUGAAAUUGACCUUUUGCUCAUCAAUUGGUCUUCUAGAAGCAUGUACAAUCCAACUUAAAACAUCCAUGGAGGGGAGCGCAAGAUCUUGGCCAGUAGCUUUCAACAUCGCCAACACCUACGGCUUACUAACUGGGAAAGGCUGGAAAAGGUUUUGCCGAGACAACGAGGUAGAAGAAGGCGAUCGUUGCACCUUCAAGGUCGUUGAGAAAAUGGUCUGGCAUGUUGUGAUCAAUUGA